AAUUGAUCACUUGACAGAUUUAACUGGCCAACUAGAUCGCACGCCACUUCUUUUGGAGGCCUGAGUGACAUCCGGCGAUGUACAUGGGACAGGAAUGGUAGCAUCAUUGUAUCAAUCAGGAAUCAAGCACUAGAUGAAGAGCGUGCCAAGAGAAAAAUUAGGAGGCUUCGCCGUGAGCUCCAGCUUUGGUCGAGACUUACACGACACAUCGUCCCACGUACCAGGCUUUGGCCAAUUCGUUGCCUUGGUUUGCUCCUGGUAUGACAAUGGAACCCCUUCAGGUUAUCCGGAAUCCCAUGAUCAAACCGUGUCCGCAGUCAAUCGUUUCCAACUGCUCAGUCAUAUUUCUGCGGGUCUUCAACACGUUCACCCGUGCUCUCAGGGCGAUCUUACUAGGGUAGAGUCCGUGGGCACAUCUUAUUUCACGUCCGCCCUGGAUGGCACUGUGUGGUGAAUAGCACCCGAACUUCUUGUUCCCGAAGAAGGCGCAAUAUGAUCCCGAUGCAUACUGGGGUGGGUAUUAGGAGCGGCGUAAGCUAUCGAAAAUGUCGUCAAGUUCAAACUGCAGCAUUGCCCGUUACGAUUGGGACAAACGUCACGACAAAUCGAGCUUGGGUGCCGCAAUCAACGUUAACGUUGCACUCCAGAUUGCACUCAAUCAAGUCUAAUUAUUCUGUUUAGAACUAUUCUAGGCUAACCCCAGGUGCAAACAAACGUUUUCUUCUAGAUCGACACUAAGACAUCCGAUCGACGUCUUCGUCACAGUCAGGGCUCGAGCUAAGCUUAAGAUCAAGAUUGCAUCUCACGGCACUAUAGGAAAUUCAUACGCCUUAAGGAUCCGGCCGAAAUGUAGAUGGAGUUGUCUUCGAUACACGCACCCCUUAUA